GCCGCCGCACCACCACCCCACGUGGUUCACCGCCCCCCACCCCACCCACGCUAUUCUCUGACAGUCGAACGUUGUGCGAACGUCCGAUUAGACACGAAAAAGCAACCAAACGUGAGGAGAAUUUUUGUUUUAAAACAACGACGACGAACGAACGAACAAAAAUGGCUUUGGAACGACCGCUCAGCUUCUUCGGGCAGCGUACAUCUGGCGAAACGAUUCGUUCUCAGAACGUGAUGGCUGCAAAUUCCAUUGCCAACAUCGUGAAGAGCUCUCUAGGACCCGUUGGUCUAGACAAGAUGCUGGUGGAUGACAUUGGGGACGUGACCAUCACUAACGACGGGGCGACCAUCCUGAAGCUUCUGGAGGUUCAGCACCCGGCGGCCAAGGUUCUGUGCGAGCUCGCUCAGCUGCAGGACCAGGAGGUGGGAGACGGGACGACUUCUGUGGUGAUCCUGGCGGCCGAGCUGCUCAAGAAUGCUGAUGAGUUGGUGAAGCAGCGAAUCCACCCCACGUCCAUCAUCGCAGGUUACCGACUCGCCUGCCGGGAGGCAGUCCGCUACAUUGGUGAGAAUCUCACCGUGCCCGUGGACGACCUGAGCCGGGAAAUCCUCCUGAACGUCGCUCAGACGUCCAUGUCGUCAAAACUCAUCGGACCCGACGCCGACGUUUUUGGCGCCAUGGUUGUGGACGCGGCGAUGGCGGUGCGCCAGGCGGACAGUGCCAGGGGCGGUGCACGCUGCCCCGUCUCCUCCAUCAGCGUCCUCAAGGCCCACGGACGCAGCCAGCGGGAGAGUCGCCUCGUGGUGGGAUACGCCCUCAACUGCACCGUGGCCUCGCAGGCGAUGCCCAAGCGUGUGGUGUCAGCUCGCUUGGCCCUGCUGGACUUCAGCCUCCAGCGUGUGAAGAUGAAGCUGGGAGUCCAGGUGGUGGUGACUGACCCCGAGCAGCUCGGACACAUCCGCCACAGGGAGAGCGAGUUGGCGGCCGAGCGAGUGAGGAAGCUGAUAGCGGCGGGAGCCACGGUGGUGCUCACCACGGGAGGCAUGGACGAUGAGAACAUCCGCCUGCUGGCCGAGGCCGGGGUCAUGGGGGUCAGGAGGGUGCUGCUACGUGACCUGAAGCGCAUCGCUAAGGCCAGCGGAGGCUCGGUGUGCUCCACCCUCGCCAACCUCGAGGGUGAUGAGAGCUUUGACGCCGCUCUGCUCGGCCACGCUGAGGAGGUCGUGCAGGAGCGCGUCUGUGACGACGAGCUGCUGCUCGUCAAGAAUACCCGUGCCCGCCCAUGCGCGUCUCUCAUCCUGCGUGGGCCGAACGACUCUGCGUGUGACGAGGUGGAGCGUGCCGUUCAUGACGCCCUCUGUGUGGUGCGGAGAGUGGUGGAGUCUCGAGCGGUGGUGCCUGGCGGUGGGGCGGUGGAGGCUGCCCUGUCCAUCUACCUGGAGAACCUGGCCACGUCCGUGGGCUCCCGGGAGCAGCUGGCUAUUGCCGAGUUUGCACGCUCGCUGCUCGUGAUCCCUCGAACCCUCGCCAUGAACGCCGCUCAAGAUGCCACCGACCUCGUAGCCAAACUCCGGGCCUACCACAACCAGGCCCAGAGCAGCGCCGAUAGGGCUCACCUCAAGUGGGUGGGCCUGGACCUUGCGAGUGGCCGCCCCCGUGACAACCGUGCCGCUGGUGUGCUGGAGCCGGCCCUGGUGAAGACGCGAAGUCUUCGCUUUGCCACGGAGGCCGCCAUCACCAUCCUGCGCAUCGACGACCUCCUGCAGCUGCAGCCCGAGGGCAAGGGGGGCGGCGGACGCAGCUACCACGACGCCGUCGCCUGUGGAGACAUGGACGACUAGGGGGGUGUGGACGACUAGGGUGGACGACUAGGGGGGUGGUGGAGUGGGGGACGACUAGCGGGGUGGUGGAGUGGGGGACAAGGGGGGCGGACGCAGCUACCACGACGCCGUCGCCUGUGGAGACAUGGACGACUAGGGUGGUGGACGACUAGGGGGGUGGACGACUAGGGGGGACGACUAGCAGGGGGUGGACGACUA